AUGUCGGGCUCAAUGCAUAUGUCUCGGCUCCGUAAUUGGUUCCUUUCCUCUCCGCCAGCCGAAUACGCCAUCAGCGGCCUCAAGGAGCUACUGAUCGGCGCUCUUCAACAAGGCCCUAUUCCGCAGCAUGUCGCGUUCGUCAUGGACGGCAACCGCCGCUUCGCUCGGUCGCACGGCAUUGAGACCGUGGAAGGACACAACCUGGGAUUCGAAGCUUUGGCGAGGAUUCUCGAGGUUUGCUACAAGAGCGGAGUGAAGGUAGUCACGAUCUACGCCUUCAGUAUCGAGAAUUUCAAACGUUCCAAGUUCGAGGUGGACGCGCUUAUGGAAAUCGCAAAAGUGAAGCUGUCGCAGAUGGCACAGCAUGGAGACAUUUUGGAUCGAUACGGGGCAAAGGUCGGCGUUCUGGGCCGUCUUGACCUGCUCAAGCCCGACGUGUUGGAGGCCGUGAACAAGGCCGUUGAAAUGACCAGCCGCAACGGAGACCGCGUCCUCAACAUCUGCUUCCCCUACACCUCCCGCGAUGAGAUCACCAGUGCUAUUCGCGAUACGGUCGAUGACUACAGCACACCUAUUCAGCAUGCGCACUCCGGUGCUGCGUCUGCGCGCACUCCAUUCUCGGAGUCUCAUAUUACCAAUAACAUCCGCGCCCAGACACGAACAUACGAUACGCCUAGCGAUUCCGAGUCCACGUCCGGCUCUUCCGCACAAGAAGACGACACAUCCCGGAAUGGUCGUGGUAUAUACGAGUCCGGAUCAUCCUUUUCGUCCUCAACGACCCUACACCUCGGUCCAGAAUCCAAGGGCUCACCACACCGACCCGCCAACGAAAGCCCUCUCUAUAUCUCCCCCGAAACCAUCUCCCGCCAAACCCUCAACGAUCACAUGUUCACCAAGGGCACACCGCCCUUGGAUAUUCUCAUUCGUACCUCGGGCGUCGAGCGCCUGAGCGACUUCAUGCUCUGGCAGACGCACGAGAACACCGAGAUUAAGUUCCUGGAAGUCAUGUGGCCCGAGUUUGACUUGUGGCACUUCCUACCCGUGCUCCUCGGGUGGCAACGACGCAUUUCCAAGUCGCGGCAAGAUCCCGAUGCUGAGGGUAACUUUGCCGGCGAGGAAGAAAUGGACAUGCUGCUGCGUCAAGGUGCAAAGGCCAAAGACAUCUAG